AGCCCUCUGCAGGGAUUCGCUCCAGGGUCCGAGUCGAGCUCCCCAUCAGCUGGUGCGUCUGGGCUGGGACAGUGAAAAUGUUCAGUGUCAUCGGCGACAAAUACACGUACAAGGGACCCCAGUAGGCAGGCCGGUGUGCUGGAGGGCAGGAGGCGAGGAGCGAGGCCAGACACAGGUGUGUGCACGCGCACAGGGUAGCUGGCCACGUGUGUGCACGCUCUAAGGAGAGACUUUAGUUUUGGUUUUUGUUUUGGUUUCUGGGGUGAACUUUCUGUUGAACGCUUUUCCCUCCUAUUUACGCUUUUUCCCCCCAUUUUUAAAAAUUUGCAUACAAAAAGUGAAGAGUGAAAUCUUUGAAAGGACCAAGGCGUGCAGCGGACAGCAGAUGGAUCCCUCAGCCAGCAGCUGCAUGAGGAGCCCCCAGCCCCCAGCCCCCAUCUGGGGCUGCCUUCGAAACCCCCACUCCGAAGGCAGUGGGGCCUCAGGGCUACCCCACUACCCGCCAACCCCGUUCUCCUUCCACCAGAAACCAGACUUCCCAGCGACAGCGACGGCAGCCUACCCUGACUUCUCGGCCUCCUGCCUGGCGGCCACCCCACACAGCCUGCCCCGGGAGGAACGCAUCUUCACCGAGCAGCACCCCGCCUUCCCGCAGCCCCCCGACUGGCCCUUCCCUGUCUCGGAGGCUCGGCGCAGGCCCCACUCAGGCCCACCUGGCGGUUCCAGAGAGAUGGGGACCAGCAGCCCAGGCCUGGUGGAUGCCACAGGAGGCCCAGGAGAGGACUACAGGGUGCUUGGGAGCACUGCCAACGAGACAGAGAAGAAAUCAUCCAGACGGAAAAAGGAGAGUUCAGACAACCAGGAGAACGGAGGGAAGCCGGAGGGCGGCAGCAAGGCCCGCAAGGAGAGGACGGCCUUCACCAAGGAGCAGCUGCGGGAGCUGGAGGCCGAGUUCGCUCACCACAACUACCUGACCCGGCUCCGCAGAUACGAGAUCGCCGUAAACCUGGACCUCUCCGAGCGGCAGGUCAAAGUGUGGUUCCAGAACCGAAGGAUGAAGUGGAAGCGCGUGAAGGGGGGUCAGCCCAUCUCCCCCCAUGGGCAGGACCCGGAGGAUGGGGACUCUACAGCCUCUCCAAGUUCAGAGUGAGAUUCUCCGUGGAGAAUAAAAAAGACUGCGACUGAGCCCCCUACCUUCACCCCAAUCCCACCCUCACCUUCUUCCCACUCAUCCCAGGGCAGCCUCUCCACAUCUUGCAUUGACUCUUGGAUAUGAAGCUGUCCAGUGUUUCCCAGAAAGUUCUGUCCAGCAUUCCUCUGUCUUAGCAGCCCCCUCCCAGGGCCUUUGCUUCCCCCACUCUCGUGGAAUCACACAGUGAUCCUACCAGACAGGACAAGCCUGGAAAUAGCUCCAGGGACACUUCUUCUCAGGGUCUCUUGGCUGCCACCCACACCUCCUCCUACCACCUUCCUCCUAUGAGCCAGGCUUCCUCCAGGGCUGGACACCACCUGGCCUGCUGAGAGAGGAGCCUUGGAACCAGCUGGUGACUCAUGAAAGCAAAUGCUCCAGAAGAAAGGAAAUGACUGAGACACACACAACCUGGCCCACCUUUCCUCUUUGGGCUGACUUCUGGGCCCCUUGGUAUCCCCAAACCCCAGGGAAAAUCAGUAUGAGGAGGGUCGAGGUCAGCACUCAGCUGCUGCGAGUCAGGAACCCAUCCCUAUCUUCAAAUUUGUUUGCUAAGUGGGCAAAUUUUGGAGCAUUGACUGGGAGAAGACAGAAAAAUAGCCUGUGUAGGUCUCUGUGUCCUCAUAUAGUAUGGCCAGUCCACACUGGCUUGACUGGGUGGAUGAUAGUAAACCCAGGACGGCAUCUGCUGCUUCACAAUGAAUUUAGGGUGACAGCUGGGACUGUCAAGCGGUGCUCCAGAGAAGAGGAGCAGCUACUCCUUUGAAUCCACGAUUUCUGGAUUGAAAACCUCUCCAGAUGCUUACAUUACUGAGCACGGGGCUGGAAAGUGGCCUCUGCAUCCUGGGAGUGGGAGAUGAUAGGACGGCUGCUGGGUGGGGCCCUAGAGCUGUGGCACCCUGGAGGGGACAGCUCUCCAGCUGUGGUGUCCUGUGACUACAGAAGGGGACAAGAAAACAGUCCCUCUUCCUCCACAGGGUGCAUUUGAGCUCCUCCUAUGUGUUCCACAAAUGCUGUUACUGUGAGAGGAGCUGCUAGGGUUAUGUGUGUGGACUGCUCAGACUUCAGCCAGGUCAUCCCAGGGUGCCACUUGAGGACUGAUGACCAAACAACCUGGGGCAACUGAAGUCCUGGAAAGAGACAGCCCCUCUUCCCAGUGCUGCCCCCCACCAUACCAGCUGGUGUUGCAGAGGGAGGUUAGCAAGAGUUUGGAUCUCUUGUAUGUAGAUGUCAUCGUCCACGUGUAAAAAUAACCCCACCUCCCCACCCCAGAAAGGACAAACUCUAUGGAAAAUGAUUGCCAAAUGAGAUGGCUGGUUAGAGCAUGUAUGAUUUUUCUAAAGCAUACGUCAUAUAUUUUCUUAAGAUUACAUCAAGCUAACUGUGCAAGGUCAAUUCACUUUGUAAGAAAACUCUUGGAGAAAUAAAAUCAAGAAAAAAAAGCCAAGUACCCAGACCUUUUUCUUUACAGAGCUAAGAAUCACUUCUCUUGUGUGCAGCCUUUUGAUUCUCAUCUGAUGAUCACCCAGACAAUGUCUAAAAGCAACAGGUCAAAGAGAAGAAAUCAUCUAGACCAAGGCAUCUCCCUUAGAUCCUUUAAAAUGUGGGUGCAAAAGUAAUAAUUAUGUAAAAAAAACCUUUUCUCCAAGCAAAUGCGUUGUCUUCAUGGCCCACUGUACAAGUGUGACUCUCUGUUUCCCUAAUCUAUGACCUAUC